AUGGACAGAAUUUCCACACCUUCGCAACAAUCGGAUCUUUUCUUCAGAGAAUUCCGGCAGCAACCAAACCUCCUGGCGACCGCUUCUAGGGUUGGCUGUGUCCUGGCCCUUUUCCAUGUGUCAAGCGUCCUCCACAGAGCCCGUGAGCGCAAGAUCUAUUUUGUUUUUCUAUCAGCUCAAGCUCAACAAGCGAAUGACGGGUUGUUGCGCUGCCCCGUCCGAGUGAUCAUUCCGUGCAGCUAUUUGAUUGAUUCGAAUCCCGUUAUAAUCAAGUUGGUUGUUGGCACUGCCCCUGAGACCUUGCAAUGA